UUUCUUCCUCUGAUAUAUGGAAGAACGUAACGUAUGUUCAAUCGUUUCAGUAUUACGGGUUUUAUAAUGGUCGUGGGUGAUUUAAGACUUCUUGAUUGCGAGGCGUUAUUUGUCAGUUUUGAUCAAAUCUCGCGCGCGUAUUGCGGUUAGCCGAUUCCCACACAUGCGUUAUGUCAGGUGUGUGCAACAAGUCCGACAAGUCCCACGCGUUGUUACACGUUUAGCAAUCAUACAUCGCGAGUUCGAAUGUUGGGGAAAUAAUUCGAAAUUUUUCAUUAAGCAUCGCGCGUGAACGCGAGAUUGGCAUAGAGCGAUAAAGGCGUCCUUGGGACACGUCCGACAUGUAGCCGAGCCUCUGUUCGCGAAGGACUUGACAUUACUUGACAUGUAGGAGGACAGAUGGUAACAGUGGCGUGAAAGUGACAGUCGUUAAUUGCUGUAAACAAAGGUCUGUAAGCCACUGGGAGGCCUAAUUAUCGAGGAAAGAGCACCGCAGACUGCUUCUCCUCGAUACGCGACGAUAUCGAGUUAUGAGUCAUCGGAGAGUUCAGAUUCCACUGGUAUCAAACUUUCAACUCCCCGACUUCCUCCCUAUCUUCUUCAUAACUGUCAGAUUAACUUAAUUGCAUGAGACUGCAAUUAGUGUAAUUGUAUUAGUCGUUCGAUACCGAGAGUGAUUGUUUACUUUUUUGGAGCUCAGGAAAGAGAUCUCACAGAUAUUAUUUAAGAUACGAGAUAAAGCAUUUAGCGGAGCAUGUACUGUAUCAGCUAAAGAGGAGAGGAAUCGUUGAUCUGCAAACUUUGAAAUGGCCAAGGAACGGCGAACGGUACAUACUUCGGAAUCGGUGUAGAAGUUUUGUAUUUAAGAUAUUGAUCUCAUUCAUAAGAUUAGAAACUGCAGGAAAUAAUUUGUCUGUGAGGAUCGGAAAGAGUAUUUCCAUAUACAAGUAUUACAUGUCGAUGUGGAAUGAAUCGAUAGACAGAACUAUAUUUUAAUGAUGGCAUAAGAAUUUAGAAUUCCCAAAGCUUUUCGAGAACAAUAAGAAAAAUUAGCUCCUUCAGUAUUACUCAACAUUACAUUGAAAAUGACGAGUGUUGUAAAAGAUGUUCCUUGGGGAUUACAAGCUAUCGAAUGGACAUCGUCACGCUGUUGCCCGCAAUGUAGAUUCAAUCGAAUGGCUUGGCAUCGAGGUGGUAUCUUAGCCCUGACCUACCUGGGUUACACUUGCUAUCAUAUGUCUCGAAAACCAAUAUCAGUUGUGAAAAAUGUCUUAAGUCUGAACUGCAGUAGCUUAUCCCCACCACCAGAUAUUCCAAUCAACGAUACCAAUCGAGACACAUGGUGCGAUUGGGCACCAUUUGAUACUGAAGAUGCACCUGCAUUACUUGGUACAUUGGAUUCUGCAUUUCUAUUCGCGUAUGCAGCAGCCAUGUUUCUUAGUGGUUUUGUAGCAGAACGCGUAAACUUACGCUACUUUCUUUCAUUCGGUAUGUUAGGAUCAGGCAUUUCAUGCUAUCUUUUUGGUCUCGCAAGAUCAUACAACAUUCAUAGUUUGUGGUACUUCGUCUUAGUACAGGCCUUGGGUGGUGUCUUCCAAACAUCCGGAUGGCCUGGCGUGGUAACUGUUGUGGGAAAUUGGUUUGGAAAGGGAAAACGAGGUUUCAUAUUCGGAGUCUGGAAUUCUCACACAUCUCUUGGCAACAUUUUGGGCAGCCUAAUUGCUGCCGAAUUUGUUGAAAUUGACUGGGGCCUCAGCUUUAUGGUGCCAGGGGCUGUAAUGGGUUUUGCUGGUUUUAUUCUUUUCUUGUUCUUGGCACCUAAUCCUAUGACAGUUGGAUGCAUUCCACCAGGUCCACUCGGAUACAGGAAACUCGAAGUAACAAAUAGCUCAGACGAAUGUAGUUGUUCUGAUGAGGUAGAGAGAGCUCGAGUUGGAGGAGAUGAUAGAAUCACCUACCGUGGUAUGUGGCGUUAUCAAGACCUUAACCCUGAUACUGCCAGUAUACAUUCCGAAACCAGUCCUAUGUUGUCAAUAAACAGGCGUGUUUCAUCCGGAGAUGAAAAAGCCAUUGGUUUUAUCGGAGCAAUGAGGAUCCCUGGUGUCCUUGAGUAUUCCUUCAGCUUGUUCUUUGCCAAGCUUGUGAGCUAUACAUUCCUCUACUGGUUGCCAAAAUAUAUUACAGCAUCGACUAAGUACAGUGCCACGUUAAGUGCUGACCUGUCGACGUUAUUUGACGUCGGUGGUAUUGCAGGAGCAAUUGCAGCUGGUGUUUUUUCCGAUUACAGUGGAAUGAGUGCCUUGACCUGUGCCAUUAUGCUCUUGCUAGCUGUCCCUACGUUAUUUAUUUACGAUUACAUUGGAAGUUCAAGUCUCGGAGUCAAUGUAGUGUUGUUAUUAGUAGCUGGUUUACUAGUUAAUGGACCGUAUGCUCUUAUCACAACUGCCGUAUCAGCUGAGUUGGGAACACAUCCCAGCUUAGGAGAGAAUUCUAAAGCUCUGGCAACUGUCACUGCUAUCAUUGAUGGAACUGGUAGCAUUGGUGCGGCAGUUGGUCCUUUGCUAGCAGGAUUGGUUUCUCGGUGGGCUGGUUGGCAUAAUGUAUUUUACAUGCUAAUGGCUGCAGAUGUGCUAGCUUUAUUGUUGCUGUCACGAUUGGUGUAUAGAGAUAUACGGUUGUUUGCACAACGACGCAGAACUGUAUGAAAAUACCUUGUGGUGGAAAUGUGAUUGAAUUCUGUAAAAAAACAUAAAAGGAUCCCAGAAAUCGACUUGCUAAGUAAGCACAAAAGAAUACGAUAGAUAUGUAUUUUAUUCGUAGCGUAUGUCCCAUUGAUUUCUGAAGUUUUCCAUGCAAACACCAAUGUACAAAAUACAUAUUAUAUUUUUAUAAUGUGUUGUAACUGUCCUAGAUGAGAUAUUAAAUGAUCGUACGGAACUAUAA